AUGGCAAGUAGAAGGAAUUGGGCGAAUCUGGUGGAUGACUUCGAAUACGAUGAGGAAGAGGUAAAAUGUGGUUGUGGGCUUAGGGCUGCUCGGAAAAUUUCCCACACAACCAAGAAUCCGAAUCGCAAAUUUUUUGGAUGCCCAAAAUAUGGUUCGAAGACUAGUGAACCUUGUGAUUUCUUUCAAUGGUAUGACAUAAGAGUUGAUGUGUUCAAAUCAACAAGAAUGCUGUCUGAACUAGUUGCAAAGUUAACACUUGAGAAUGAAGAGCUUCGUGCUUCAUUAGAGAGACUUGGUGCUCGUCUGGCCAAGGAGACAGCUACGCCAUGCUGUGUUGAAAUAAGUGAAGAGAUGCAGACUGUGAAGCAAAGGUUGGAGCAUUUGGAGUUAGAGUCUUCAAGGAGGAAGUGA